UCUCUCUCUACCAUCUCUCUCUCUCUCUCUCUCUCUCUCUCUCUCGACCAAACUUGUAAUAAACCCCCCACCCCUCUCUCAUUUAUCCCCACCUUUCAUACCAUGGCCGUUGAAGCGCACCAUCUUCACCUCUUCUCCCCGCAACUUCUCAUGAACCGAGACCUUGGGAAGUUCACAGAGUCUCAAGCUCCGGCGAUGCUCGGAAAUACUCAUACCGGAGUAGUGCCGGCGCCGCUCUUAGCCUCAUCGGAGAGCGGCGUAACUAUCUCCGGCAAGAAGCGCGCAAGAGAGCCUCUUUCCUUCCUCGGCGAAGAUCUCUCCUCUUAUUUUCAGCAACAGAUGCUCGAUCUCGAUCGCCUCGUUCUGCAUCAUGCUGAGAGAAUGAGGCUGGAGCUGACAGAGAGGCGAAGGAGAUUCUCUCGGCAACUUGUGGUGGCGAUAGAGGAAGCCGUGAGUAAGCGAUUGAAGGCGAGAGAAGACGAGAUUGAGAGGUUGAAGAAGCUGAAUUGGGCGAUGGAAGAGCGAAUUCGAACUCUAACGGUCGAGAAUGAGAUAUGGAAGGAGCUAGCUCAGACGAAUGAGGCGACGGCGAAUCUCCUCCGCACAAAUCUCGAGCAACUCCUCGCCGCCCAAAUUCGAAUUAAAGAGGAGCAACAGCUAAUUGAGGAAGCUUCUCCGGCUAAUGACGCUGAAUCCUGCUGCUGCGGCGGCGGUAAUGAUGAUAGAGAUACGUCGACGGCGGCGGCCGCAGGGUUGGUGAGAGCUUGCCGGAGCUGCCGUGAGAGGGAGACGACGGUACUGAUUCUCCCUUGCCGCCAUCUCUGUCUCUGUGCUGCCUGCGCUCCGAUCAUCAAGUUAUGUCCUGUUUGUAAUUGUUCUAACACUGGUACUGUUAAUGUAAAUUUAUCAUGAAUAUUUUAGAAGUAAAUAAAUAGUUUAUUAUUAUUUUUUC